ACAUUCUUCGACACAUCGCACACGCGCUUUCGCCGCCUUCUCUUUCGUUGUCGCGGCGCCGCAUCAUCGCUCACUCUUAUAUUCACAACUUUAUUCGUUUCACGUCUCACCCCGUCUCUUUCAUUCGCCGCCCUGCCCAGUAUACCCCUCAAUCAGACACAGAACAGUACCAAGCAAGAUGGGUGCCGCCGAAUCCUCCAUGUUCAACUCCUUGGAGAAGAACUCCAACUUCUCCGGGCCUGAACUCAUGCGACUGAAGAAGAGGUUUAUGAAGCUGGACAAGGACGGUUCCGGGUCCAUCGACAAGGACGAAUUCCUCCAAAUUCCUCAAAUCGCCAACAACCCAUUGGCGCAUCGGAUGAUUGCAAUCUUUGACGAAGAUGGGAGUGGGACUGUCGACUUUCAGGAGUUUGUUGGGGGCUUGAGCGCUUUCAGCAGCAAGGGUGGUCGGGAUGAGAAGCUGAGGUUCGCUUUCAAAGUCUACGACAUGGACAGAGACGGAUUCAUCUCCAACGGUGAACUAUAUUUGGUACUGAAGCAGAUGGUUGGGAACAAUCUGAAGGACCAACAACUGCAACAGAUCGUGGACAAGACCAUCAUGGAGGCAGACAAGGACGGGUAAGCACUCCCAUUGUCACGCGUGCUUCGCUGACUUGGGUUUUAGAGAUGGAAAGCUCUCAUUCGAAGAGUUCACCGCGAUGGUCGCCAGCACGGAUAUCGUCAAGUAUGUACAUCAGCUCCAUGAUCGCGCUAUAGCUAAAUUGGCACAGGCAAAUGACUCUUGAAGAUCUCUUCUAGACGACCCCACCACCUCGCCCAUUCCUUCAACUUGUCCCCUCGCCACCCUUAUGAGUAUUUAUGACGGAGUGUACGAUAUACUUUAAAAACUUUCGAUUUGUAUACAGUACUCGAGUAUGACGGGAUGAAUGAUAUCCCUGGGAUCACAAUGUAGAGAGGCUCGGCGG